UGACCUUUGCAAAACGUCCUUCUCAAUCGGACAUGGAGGGGAAUACGAUAUUAAACGACACAGACUCACGGACACUCACAAGAAACGUGUCCAACAGAAAGAGACAUCCAAAUCUAUGGAUGCUUUCCUCCGACCUAAAAACGACUGUCUAGCUGACAAAGUGACUGCUGCAGAGGUGACCAGUGUGUAUCACACUGUCCAACACGCUACAUCAUAUCGAGCAGGAGAUUGUGGCACAAAGCUAGCCCCAACGAUGUAUCCAGACUCUGACAUUGCCAAGAGGACGGCCUGUGGUCGGACGAAGGCAGAAGCCAUUGUCACGGAUGUACUUGGCCCUGCCUCUGUCGAAGAUUUCUUGAAAGUCCUCAGAAGACCACUGAAUGAGCAACGAGAGGCAACCAAAGGUAAAGUUAUGUUCAUGGAUGUUACAUUGUUGUGUGUUAGCUAUUUGUGUAGCGUUAGCUAGCUAAUGUUAGCUAAUCAUCUUCUGCUGUAUGUUAAAAGUCAACUUUUCCUUCAGUUCACUGAAAUUGCAUUCUUAGCUAACAUAAUGCUGCUCAUCCGUGCCUUCGUGAAACCAGGCUCUGUGUAUCCUUACAUGAUUGUGAGCAACAUUUCACUAUUCGUUAUCUCCCAAACUAAACAAACAAAACAACUAUAAUUUUUGAAAGGUAUAAAUAUUUCUAUAGAUAAUAUAUCUUGAAUUUUUUAUAAUAAUCUGUUUUUAGAGAAUCUCUUUUAAAUUCACCCCAUCUGUGUGUGUGUCUCCACAGCCCACACGCCAUUCUUCUCAGUGGCUUCAGACGCCUCCAAUCAUGGGACCACCAAGCUCUUCCCACUGUCAGUGCGUUACUGGACGCCAGACUUGGGAGUACAGACGAAGGUCCUAGAUUUCUAUGAUGACAGUGAUGAAACAUCUGCCGCAAUCCACAACCAGAUAGUCACCAAGCUGGAGGAAAACGGACUGCGACUAGACAUGAUAUCUGCGUAUUCUGCUGACAAUGCUAGUGUGAAUUACGGGAGAUACAACUCUGUCUUCCAGAAACUGAAAGAGAACAACAAUUGCCUUUUGAAGGCAAACUGUGUGGCCCACAUUGUUCACAACAGUGCAAAACACGCAGGAGAUCGGCUAAAUAUCGACAUUGAAAAUGUCGUCAACAAGACCUUUAGCCACUUCUCCUCAUCUGCCAAACGCACUGAGGAACUUAAGUCAAUUCACACCUUUGUGGAGAUAGAGUACCAGCCCCUGCUUAGAAAUGUGCCCACAAGAUGGCUGAGCUUGUGGCCUGCAGUGAAGAGGCUUCACGACAGCUGGGCUCCUAUCAAGACCUACUUUCUCUCAUUGGGAGAGGACGGGUGCCCAAAGUCACUAUGGCGGCUGUUCAAGGAUGACCAGGAUGGUGAGGGCAACCCCCUUGAUCUACAGGUUUACCUGUCCUUCCUCAGCAAUGCGCUGAAGAUUUUCCACGACACUGUGCUGGCGCUGGAGCAAGAGGAUGGGACUGUCUGUGAGCUCUACAAUACGAUGUUCACCCUAAAAACCAAUCUACAGCUACGACAGAGUGAUGGUUUCUUUGGGGCCCAGACGGAUGUACUCCUCCAGCAGUUUCGAGACAGACAGGCCGCUGUGCUCAGAGAGGACAUGUGCAACUUCUACCAGUCCUCUCUCACCUACCUGGAGCAGCGCUAUGACUUCUCAGACUCCAACUACCAGAAGAAAUUGGCUAGCCUGGCACUAAAGAACAGCCCAUUCAACUUCUCCCAUCUCUGUGAAGCUGUAGAGGUCCUGCAGCUAAGCAAGAAGUUGGACAUGGAUGCGCUAUAUGAUGAGUAUUGUGUCGUUCUGCCACACCAACAGGCCAUCGUGCAGUCUGGAGCUCCAGUCGGGGAGAAGUGGGCCACCUUACUCAAGCACACACACACACCAAACAUGACAGCAUUAGCUUCUUUCCUCUUGAGUGUACCAAUCACCAAUGCUUCAGUGGAGAGGGUCUUUUCACUGAUGACAGGAUGCUGGACGGACACAAGGAACAGAUGUUCGGUAAACCUCAUCAAGUCAGAAAUCCAGGUGAAGAGCAACUUCACAUUCAGUUGCAAGGACUUCUACACUUAUGUAGUAAAAGAGAAGGUUCUCCUCAAUGCUGCACGCUCCAACAAGAAAUACAAGUUCAAGAAGAAACCUGAAGAUGCUGGUGAAGAGGUUUGAGUCCUAAAGGUGUCCCCAACGUCCUAAAGAUGUCCCCAGAACACUGAACAGUUUUUUUUCCUGCGCCUGCCUUAACUAACAUGCAAGUUCACCAUCCUUCCUCCCCCUUCUCGUUCCAUGAACCUCUGGAGUCGUGAGUUCAAGACCUUUUUUUUUUUUAAACUGUUCCUGUGGUGUUGAGCAACUACAAUUCCUGUUAAUCCUAUAAUUUUACAUUAUAAUUUAUUUAAAGUGAAUAAAUUGUAAUGAAAAAUAAAUAAAAUUAAAUAGCUAAAGUAAAUCGUGAGUGGAAGUGCAUCUGUGUGUCAAUUCAUUGAAUGUUCAAAGUAUUAUGAAUCUUUAUUUAGAAGAAAAUACACAUCGGUUGGCCUAUUCAAGAGCAUUAAUCAGUAAUUGCACAUGUUUAGGGGAAUACAGCAUUAUUAAUAUACCAUGUAAGGUGGUAUGUGCUAGAAAUGUGAG